CCCAUCCCCCCCUCCGAGGCUCCGUUUGACCUAUGACCCCACAACGUAGUGCGUUCCCCCGGCCGGCACACGUGGUAGGGGCGGCCGGCUGACGGCGUGGAAGCAUGGCGGAGUCGCGCGUGGUGCCCAGCGACCUGUUCCCGCUCGUGUUCGCCUUCCUGCGCGACAACCACUUCGAGGGGGCGGCGCGGGCCUUCGGCAGGGCGGCCGGAGUGACAGACCAGGAUCCUAAUGCUGCUUCUCUCUUGGAUGUCUUCAACUACUGGCUGAAAUCCCCUGAUGCUAAGAAACGGAAGGCUGUUCCCAAUGGACCCCCUGCAAAGAAGUCCAAGAAAGAAUCUUCCUCGAGCAGUGAUGAGAGCUCCAGUGAAGAAGAUGAGAAAACCACAGCCAAGAAGCCAGCAGCUAAGUCAACGCCUGUGCCGAAGGUGAUAGCAAAGGCAGCGGCUCCUGCCAAAAAAGCAGAGAGCAGCAGCGAGGACUCCAGCGAUGAUUCGGACUCUGAGGAGGAAGAAAAGAAGCCAGCACAGAAGGUAACCAAAGCCCAGGCCAAGCCAGCUGCCACCAAAACCCAGCCCCAGAAGAAGGCUAAGAGCUCCUCCAGCUCAGACUCCAGCAGUUCAGAGGAUGAAAGACCAAAGAAACAGCCGCAGAAGCAAGUGGCAGCCAAAACAGCAGCAAAAUCAGCAGGAAGUAAAGCUGCCCGCAAAGCACCCAAUGGCAAGGCAGAAAGCAGCAGCAGCAGCAGCAGCAGUAGUGUGGAUUCUGACAAGGAAAAGGCUGCAUCAGCAAAGGCUGUUCCCAAGAAAACACCACUGCCCAAACCUGCAGCCACCCAGGCACCCCCAGGUAAAGCAAGAGCCCCUGCCAAAGAGAGCUCCAGCAGUGAGGACUCUUCUGACAGCUCGGAGGAUGAAAAGCCAGCCUCAAAAUCAAAGCCAAAGCCCGGUCCAUACAGUGCGGUGCCACCCCCAAAGGUCUCAGAGCCAAAAAAGGGCAAAGCAAAGCCCUCUCUUGCAAAGGCUCCUGGGAUAAAGGCCGAGAGCAGUGACUCCUCAGACAGCAGCUCGGACAGCAGCGAUGAAAUGGAGCAGGCGCCCAAGAAGGGAACGACAGCCAAAGCAAGUCUGGCUAAAAAAAAACCUGCCCCAACACCCACUGUGACCAUCAAGAAGGGUGGAUCCAGUUCGGACAGUGACUCCGAUUCCAGUUCUGAGGAAGAGAGGGUAGUGACCAAGCUCACUGCCAAAUCACUUUCAGCGAAGGGUCCUGCCAAACCGGCGAAGGGUCCUGCCAAGCCAGGACAAGCAAAGAAAGGCUCCAGCUCCUCCUCGGACAGCUCAGAUUCUGACAGCUCUGAGGAUGAGACCCCUGCAAAGCCUGCAGUCAAACCAGCUCCACCUGCAGCCAAGAAGCCUCCUGCUGUGGCAAAGAAAGCCCAGAGCAGCUCUGACUCAGAUAGCAGCUCUGAGGAAGAGAAGAAAGCCCCUCCAGCUAAGCCAGCCAGCAAGACAGCUAAGCCAGGGUCCAAACCCUGCACCCUGGGCCCCAAAGACGGCAGCUCAGAUUCUGACAGCUCAAGCAGUGAGGAGGAGCAGAGCAAACCAGCAGUGAAACCAGCCAGCAAAUCACCAGGGGGCACUAAAGCUGCUGCAGGGAAGAAAGCAACUGCCGCUAACAGUAGCAGCAGCUCAUCUGACAGUUCCAGUGAUGAUGACGAGAAGCCCAGAACAGCAGGGACUCCAGUCGCCGGGUUGAAGUCAGGGAAAGGGGCACAGAACAGCUCCAGCUUGGUGAAAGAGAAACCAAAGGCUUCAUCCACACCUGCAGCCAAAUCGCCGGCUACAAAGAAGCCAGAGCCCAAGCCAGCUGGUGGCAGUGAGAGUAGCUCCGAGAGCUCCAGCGAGGAGAAGGGAAAAGCAAAUGGAGCAGGUUCGAUUAAGAAGAAGCGGAAGAGCGAAGAUGACCAGGAAUUGGAGACACCAGACAGUAAGAAGAUUAAGACCAAGACCAGAACGCCAAACUCAUUUCCCAAGGUGAAGCAGCCAGCUGUUCCAUUCCGACGAGUAAGAGAGGAAGAGAUCGAGGUGGAUUCCCGUGUAGCUAACAACUCAUUCGAUGCAAAGAAAGGAGCUGCAGGCGACUGGGGAGAAAAGGCCCACAAUGUACUGAAAUUCACCAAAGGCAAAUCCUUCCGCCAUGAGAAGACAAAGAAGAAAAGAGGCAGUUACUGCGGAGGUGCUAUUUCUACCCAGGUCAAUUCCAUCAAGUUUGAAAGUGACUGAGCUGCAGUUGGCUUGGGAGUCCAUACCCCAUCCGUCCCCCAAAGCCAGCUGGAUGGGCAUGUGAACAGAAUGGACAUGGUAGACCCCAAUCCUGCCUGGAAUUUAAUCCUCCCCACUCUCUUGUGGGGAGAAGGUAGCCCUUGCCAUAGGAUGUGGAAGAGCGGCUCGAUGCUCCCACGUUAUUUCUGACUAAUUCUGGCAUAGCGCCUGGUAAGAGCCUUCUUAGAGUUGGUGACACCAGAUCCUACCCGAGUGUCCUAAUUUUGUACAGUUUUAUUUUAAAAGGCUGGUGGUGCCAUGGAGUUCAGGUUCCCGCCCACCUUGUAAAGCAAAGAAAAUUUAUAUUUUCAAUGAAUCCGUUUCUUUCUUUUCUAGCCAGUUUAACUGUUGAGACCUGUGAAAUUUAAAGUACUGUAGCUUGUUUGUGGCUAGGUCUGAGUGACCUGCGGUUACAGCUCCCUCGCUGUGCACCUCCAGCUUUACAAAGCACAUCUCUAGAGGGGCAGAGUUUCUUCUACUUCCCUCUCUUUAAGGCCCCCUCUUUCAGCGACUGUCUCUUCACCCAGGGCAGACCCUGCUGGUGCCAUUAGGCAGGGUCGCUAGAGAAGCAAAGUGCUUUUCAGCCAAGAGCAUGUUGCCACCAGCGUGAGAAGCUCAGGGUUCAGGUUGCUAGGACUUCCCUCUCCCUCCUGCACCUUUGGCACUGACGUCAGAAGCUCAAAGCCCCAAACUCUGGGGGAGUUUCAGAUGUGGUGUUCUUUCAUAGGGAAGGUACAGGCUAUGGAAGAAGUGGGGACACUCCUGGCUGCUUGGCCACUUUGGGGUUUGGAGAAUCGCUUGGCCCAAUAGAAAGGUUAAAGAGGCAGGACAGAUAAAGCCUCUGCCCCCUGCCCCCUUCCUCACCUAGCUCUCCACUCCCUUAACUCAGGGAUGUUCUGACAUCAAUGAUUUCCCCAAGUCCUCUCUAGGAAUCUGACUCCCCAACACAUGCUUUGUCUUAGCCAUGUGCAAUGCAGCUGGUGGGAGGUUGAGAUGAAUGUAACACGAUUUGCCUUAAACUUCUCCCCUUGGCUGGAUCAGUUGCCCUUUUCCUGCCUGAGAAGCCCCUUUGCAGAAGUAAAAUGCCUGUUGCCCUCCAUGCUUUAGUGUCUGAAAGACUUGGUGCCAGAAUGGAGACAGCAAGCAGAAGUUAGUCCUGGCUUUAAGUACAAGACAGGCAAGUUGCUGCAGCCUGAUCUCCAGCACGGUUGAGAGCCUGAGGGCCAGGUAACCCAGGGCCUCAUUUCCAUCCUCCCUUUCCCUCCCAGCAGGAUGGAGCCCUACAGAUCUUAGACAGCUCUGCCCCCAGCGAAGGGCCCUGCUAUGGUAUGUGUGAGAAGCAGUGUCAGAUAAUUGAGUGUUGGAGGUGACUAACAAGCCACCCCCGUGCACAUUAACUUACUGCAACUUGUUGGAAGGAGCAUCCCAGCACCGCGCCUUCAUGCUUGCAUAAUAAGCCUCAUCACUGGCUUCUUUCCAUGCAGCAAUGCACAUGCUCAGGAAACCAGGGCUAUUCUGGAGAGUUGGAGGGUGGGAAGAAAAUACCCUCUGCCUUCCUGGGUAGGCUUUUGGAGCAGAGUCCCAGCUGGGACCUGUCAAAUACCCUUCUCUGUCCUCCUCACCUGGCACAUGAAUGACUGAACUGUCAACAUUUUAAAGAGUUUUAAGUUUGGGGGGCGGGGGUUUGAUGUGUGAGCACACAAGUGUCUCCUACAAUAAAGAAGCUUGUGUUUGUAAGUUAUGUGCAUUUCACUGAUGGGUUUUGACACUUGGAAUGGGGGCGGGAAAAGGAGGGGGAAGCUAUUUAUCUGUGACAAGGUGCACCACCUUGUCUGAGGUGUGGUCAAUAGGUCUAACUGCAUUUAUCUGGAUUAGGUAGUGGUUAGUCAGCCUCUAAUAGCAGUGUUCUUACCCAAAGGUGGCACUGGACAAUGUGAGAUAAGGGAUGGCCCAUGCAGCUGAGAGCUAAGGAAAAUAGGUGAGUGGAGGAUAUCAAGAACGGAAGGAUGGGAAAGAAUAGAAAUGUGUAGGAGUGUGCUCUUUGCAGGAAUAUGAACCGGUGUAAUGAGUGCACAAGAAGCUAGCCUGGGCGCUGGUGAGUGGAGUGAGGAGCCCCUGUGCUAUUUGUCUUUACGUAGUGCUGGGUCCCCCAUUCAUGUUCCUGGAGCCCAUGGUGCUAGGUGCUGUACAAAGAACAAAAAGGCAGCCCCUGCCCCCAGGGGCUUACUGUCUAAGUAAUGCAGGUUAUGUCAACGGAUCUGGUCAGGUACUGGUUCUAACUAACCUUUUAUGCAGCGGUGACGUCUCUGCUAAAUCUGGCUUCCUAUGUGCCGCAGUGGAGCAAAACCUGUGUGCAAAGAACAUAAUGGGGGAAAAAAUCCUUAGGUAAAUACCCAUGUAAAGAAGUUGUCUGCGUGCUUCACCUGCUAUCUGAACACAUGUGCAGGGAAGAGAAGUUCUUAUGCCUGCAUUAAUUCAAGGGACUGACCAAGGUCUUAUGUACUGUGGGUUUGCUGUGAUGCUUUUUUGUUGCACUACAAGAAGUGCUGCCAGGUGGUGGUGAUGGCAACAUUCCCUGUAAAGCAGCAAUUUUCAAUAUACUGGGCAUGUCACAAACAUGCUGCUUGCGACUUUCUCUAUUCCCAGGGCAGGGGUGGCGAGGGCUGGGCAGUGACUUAGGCAGAAUGGGGCUCUGUGGCUGCUGAGGCAAGAGUGGGAUCAGAAGGGGCUGAAGCAGCUCCUGAGGAGCAGGUAGGAAACAGGGUGGUCAGGCUGGGGCCAUGCGUAGUGACCCAUGGUGAGAGACAUGAGCCACCAGGACCUACCUACCUUCCCAGCCUGGAGCCACCCCCACUGCCAAGUCUCAGUACCUCUCCUUGCUCCCCCUCCUAUCUCUGACACCCCAACUGUCCCCUGCUCCCCAUUAUAGUGCAGCCACCUCUACAUCCCGUCUGCUCCAGCCUCCCUGUACUCCCCAUUCAGAGCAGCCAGCCUGACUUCACCCCUGCUGCCCUUGACUCUCCCAUUGGGCACAGGCUCUGGCCUGGUGGCUGCAUCACUUAGCAGCUCCCUGUGAUGGAAGUGUUGGUGCAGGGCACCUGUUUGUGCCCUCCCUCUGGGGCUAAGCUGGCCAUACUCAGUCCCAUCUGGGGCAGGGGAGCAGGGCAGCCAGUAAGCCCCCUCAGUGACCCUCUCCCUUUGUCCACAGUCCAGAAAUGGAUGUAUGGGGGCCUAGACACCAGUCUUCCUAAGGCAUGUGGCCUGGGUCCAAAGUUCCCUGUAAACUGCAUGCACAUCAUGUCCACUUUUGUCUGGUCACCUUUGCAGUUGUAGUGUGCUAUAGAGGGGUGAAAACACUAUCUACUAUAGGAUAACUACAGGUGUUUUCUUCUCACUUGUAGCCACACCGCAGUGAGUGAGUCCUUGGUAAGACCACAUUGGGUGGUGAGGUUAAGGGAAUUGGUAAGCCAUUUUGGGGUAACACACUUCUAGAGCCCUUUACCUCUGCAGCUGUACAAGGUUCAGCCCUCUCACAUCUCUUAAUUUUGGUGUGAAGUCAUUAGGGGAGCUGGUCCAAUAACACCAGCUGAAGGGUCAGCAAUACGUGUCAUGUACUGCAAUGCCUGGAGAUCAGUACCAGGUCAAGCUGAACACAUGCAAGACAGCCUUGAUGCAGAGGGGAAGAGGGUACUGCUAAUUCAUCUGUGACAGGUAUGGCAAUUUCUUGCGAUAUCUUAGACAAACCUUAUUGAACUAUGUUUCAGUAUCCUAGGAGCUCAUUGCAUUAAAACUGCAAAUGUUUCUUUGAGGUUGUGUGUAACUUGCUUAGGAGCCAUGAUUAAUGUAAGCCUUGGGCAGUGCUACCGGCUGUAAAGGACUCUCUUAAACAAUGGGCUAAAGUAAAGAAUAAACUGUUAGUUGUUAGGAAAUACUUGGGAAGAGGGGAAUGUAAAGGUCUGGAGGAGGGCAUGAUCUUCUAAAACUUCACCCUUGGGGUGGGACCUUGGUCUAGGAAGUAUCUACUCCCUGAAACAAGAGGCCCAAACUGCAUAGAGGAGUAACUUCCAGCUUGUAGUGACAGGAAGACACUGUGUGGGGUUUGAAGGACAUUCACUGGCCACAGCACUUGUUGGGGAUGAUCUCCGGUGAGCUCAUUAGCAUGUGUGUAGGUUCUGAUUGUUUUCUCUGUAAUGCUUUUACAAUAAACUCAAAUAACUAGAAA